CCCGGCGCGGCGCCCAGGUAGGGGGUGGGGCAGUGGAGGCGGGAGUGAAGUCUCGCGAUAAGAGGCAGUUGCCGUAGCGGAGCCCUCUGGCAGUGUGUGUGAGGAUUCAGUGCUGGAGCUGUGGACGGUUUGUUGAGCCCGUUAGUGCUCCUGCCGAGACUCACGCAGUCGUCAUGUCCCGCUACCUGCGCCCCCCGAACACGUCUCUGUUCGUAAGGAAUGUGGCCGACGAUACCCGGUCUGAAGAUUUACGGCGUGAAUUUGGUCGUUAUGGUCCUAUAGUUGAUGUGUAUGUUCCACUUGAUUUCUACACUCGCCGUCCAAGAGGAUUUGCUUAUGUUCAAUUUGAAGAUGUUCGUGAUGCCGAAGAUGCUUUACAUAAUUUGGACCGAAAAUGGAUUUGUGGUCGCCAAAUUGAAAUACAGUUUGCACAGGGAGAUCGAAAGACUCCAAAUCAGAUGAAAGCCAAGGAAGGGAGGAAUGUGUACAGUUCUUCACGUUAUGAUGAUUAUGACAGAUACAGGCGUUCUAGAAGCCGAAGUUAUGAAAGAAGGAGAUCAAGAAGUCGGUCCUUUGAUUACAACUAUAGAAGAUCCUAUAGUCCUAGAAACAGUAGACCGACCGGAAGACCACGGCGUAGCAGAAGCCAUUCCGACAAUGAUAGAUUCAAACACCGAAAUCGAUCUUUUUCAAGAUCUAAAUCCAAUUCAAGAUCACGGUCCAAGUCCCAGCCCAAGAAAGAAAUGAAGGCUAAAUCACGUUCUAGAUUUUCCUGGAUGUAUAGUUUAAACAACAAAAAGUCUAUUUAAAACUGUAGCAGUAGUUUGCAGUUCUAGCAAAGAGGAAAGUUGUGGGGUUAAACUGUAUUUUCUUUCUUAUAGAAGCUUCUAAAAAGGUAUUUUUAUAUGUUCUUUUUAACUAAUAUUGUGUACAACCUUUAAAACAUCAAUGUUUGGAUCAAAAUAAGACCCAGUUUAUUUUCUGCUUGCUGUAAAUGAAGCAAACAUGCUAUAAUAAAAACAAAAAUGAAGGAAAUAAUGAUUAACUGGAAUUAUUAUAGUUUUUAAUGAGAUCCUAAAAUAACAAUGGAAACAGUCUUUUGUAGAUUGAGGAAUAGUUUUAAUCAGUGUUGCUCUAGGCACAACUAACUUUUUGGAAAUGAAUAGAACUUACCAGUAAGGUACAUCUUUUACAUUGUACUUAAAAAUUCCUUAGGUUAUGUCAAAGCCCCUUGGGUUAAAUAACUUAGAGGUUAUUAGUAGUGUUAAGAUAUGCAUUAAAGUGAAAUUUGGUCAGCUAAUUAUAAGUUUAAUUGGGUAGACCAAUAAUUCUGCUCUCCCCAGUUCUAAACAAGAUAUGUUAGAUCUUGUUUAUGGCAUGGUUUAAAAAGCUUUUACAUUGAUUUUGAUGAGCAAUUAAUAAGUGGUAACUAUUUUGGGGAGCUGGUUUAGAUGUUUGAAUUCCAGCUACUAAAUAAUGGCAACAAUUAUAGCUGAUAGUUAUUGAGUAUUUAUGAUGUGCCAGACACUGUUCUAGAAGUUUUUUAUGUGUUAGCUCCUUUACUCUUCACAAAACCCUAUUAGAAAGAUACUUUUAUUUUCCCCAUAUCACAGAUAAGGAAAUUGAGGCACAAAGACAGGGCCAGAUUAUUGAGUCCAGACGUGGUCCUCUCAUGGUUGGAUGGUUAUUUUUUUGUUUGUUUUCUUUUUUUAAUAGACUACAAUUUGAGAAAAAUAGAUUGAGGAUAUGAUUCUCAGUCUCUCUAGAAUUAAAAGACCUUAUAUUUUCAUUUUUUUUUACAUGUGUCUCUUAUUUUUAGACUCAUCUAUGUUAUUUCUGAAAUAAGGUAUCUAACAGUUUCAAAAGGACUAUAUUAUAGUUGAACCCAUGUUAGGAUCCUACUGAUACUGAUGAGGAUCCUUACACAGUGCUUUAAUUUGGGGAUACAUACUUGAGUUAUACUAUUACUGAGUACCUACUGUGUGUCUGGCACUGUGCUUAAUAUAUUAAAACAUCAAGACUCAAGUGAGGGAUGACACUUCACCUCCCUUUUUACAUUUUGUUUUAAGCCAAAUAAGCAAGAAGAGAAAUGACAGAUAAUGCCUCAGUGAGAAAGAAAAGGUGUGCUACAUAGUGUAUGAGCUAUUAAGGUAUAACCCUGGGAACUAUUGUACUAUUCUCUUGAAAAUCUGGCCCAGUAAGCUGCUACUCCAGUUCAACUAACAAAAUCCUGUGUACCACAGAGAAGAAUACAGAAAACCAAACUGACAAACAUCCUUCUUUUAUUUAAGACCAAACUGCAGCUGGAAUUCCCAGUACAGUUCUGCUUACUGCACUUCAAGAAAGAUCUGAGAAAGCGGAAAGAGAACCAAAGAAGGGCAGUUCAAGCGACCAAAGGGUGGGUGGAAGGUGCUGCAGUAUGAAUACUGUGUGAAUAUUUUGACUCUGGUCUGAAAAGAUAAAAGAAUGUUAUUGAAACUACAUGGAAUAAUUGAAGUCCCUUCAAGUUUGAAAGUAAGCAUUUUAGGACAAAUAAAAGGAAAUUCAGCUUUGUACUUGUGGAAACUAAUCCCUAAAUCUGAAUAGGUUUAUAUUGAUUCAUGGAUAACAGGUCCGUAAUAAAUUACUGGAAACUAGGAUGUCUGAAUAUCACGGUAGACAGCCGUAAGUCUCCUACAGUGCUUCUUUUUGGUCUGUCUGAAACUAAAUUGGGUGAGAAAAGGCAUGGUCCAAUAUAAACUUUUUCUUGGUUAUCUCUUAAAGUCAGAUACAUUUUUGCUAUUGGCAAAUACUGCCUUUGUUCCAGUGCCAGUGUUUUACUGUUUAAUGGUUUGCUUUGUUGGCAUCUGAGUUUAUUUACCUGUAUGCCAUGUGCAGUUUACAUCUUCCUUAAACACUAUUCCCAGGUAAAUUCUAAUUAUAAUACUUGACAUCCAGUUAAGAGGUUCCACAUCUCUUUUCACCUCUUAGCAUAUUCAGCAAACAUUUACUGAGCCCUUACUAUCAGCAAAAAUUGUAUCGGAUAAUUGGGAGGAAAAUAGAUUUAAAAUUCACUUAUUCAAUGAAGGUCUGAGCACAAUCUAGUGAAUAACAUUACAGUAUGGCCUCAUUGUUUUGAGGUGUAUUGUUUGACAAUAUUUUACACCAUUAUCCUAAUGUAAUUAUAAAACCCAAUAUACUAUCAAAGAUAAGUAAUUUUGUGGUUACCUGCCAUUAAAAAGUAUCUGGUAUUUUUGUUUGCAUCCCGUUAAUACAAAUAAUGAAAAAAUGUUUUGAUCUGUAAUAAAUUGAUUUAUUGUGCAGUGACUGUAAUAUACUAGAAUUAUAUUAAAUUGUUAACUGACUCCUCAAACACACAUUAGGAAAUAAUUCCCCCCAAAGUAUUUCAUUUUGCAUUAGAUAUACAGGACACUGGGUGCUAUAAUUAGAUUAUUUUGAGGCAGACAGCUGUUAUCCCAACUGAUUUAGUAUGUUCUGUAACUGAAAAUGUUCGCCAAGUUAUACUUUUUAGUGAUUGACAUGUACAUUUUGUAGGGGACAUGUUCUGUGUAUAGUGAAUAAAUAACUUUUAUAGUAUCACAAAAUGUUUUGGAUUCCUUAGUUCCUUACUAGGGUAUGAGGGCGAUUUGCCUAUAUAUUGAUUCCAUCACUCAUAUUUUUGUCAUGUUUCUGCCACAUUUAAAGUUAUUCAUCUAAGAAUAUGGAUUUGUAAAGAUUUCAAAAAUAUAGCAGAAUACACAUAUUAAGGGGAGGUAUGAACUGGAGGUUAAUGUAUGUUUUUCAAUCCUGAACUGGAGGUUAUUUUUACUCUUAAUUUUGAACUUGGCCAAGAUAUAUAGAAAAUGGCAGAUUAGAGUCCUUGAGUUUUCAUUUAGUUCAUCUUUGUCAGUUUUGCACUGCACUUUUUUUUUUUUCCAAAAGGGCAAUUUUUUUUUGUAGCUUAAACUUUUAAGGGAAUCUAAGGUUCACUGAGGGGAGAUUUAAUAGAUUUAUAAGAUAGGUUUAAUUGCAAAAAGUAUUUUGUGACUCUUAAUGGAAGAGGUUAAAUGUAACCCAAGCUCUCACAGCUGUUGUGACACACUUUUUCCAGGCUGGUUUCCCAAAUUUCAAUAUUAUAUUGCAUUUUGAUCAUAUUCUCGUUUACAAAAUCCCUGAGAUAUUUUGAAAUAGGGAAGCUGUGACUUGAGACAGCAGAGUAGGGUAGCUCAGGAAUAAUCUAAUGGCGUUCUGCCAGGAGGUCUAGUAAAGCCUUUAGGAAUCCCAGGAAAUAAACUGUUCUCACUGAUAGAUGAAGUAAAAGCAACCUUUUUGUCUUCAUUCAACUAUUGGCAUCUCUAAGAUGGAAAGGUUCUUCUUUCUAGGGUUUUCAUUCUCUGCCCCUUCUUCCAACAUUGUUAAUGUUUAGUGCUUUACGUUUAUGUAUUCCUAACCUUUGUUUCACCCUUAUAUUAAAGAUGGGAUUUUUUGUUGUUGUUUGGAAUAAAAAGCAAGGCAUGUAAAUUCAUUUCAUUGAUAAUUGCUAGCGUAGUUUGUUAAGUAAAAGGCCUAUGUGAAGUUUUUUUGGAUCACAUCUCUGAAUUCUAGAGAGAGAAAUAAACUGGUCUAGGAGCCAAAAAAAUAUUGGGGCUUUCUUGUGUGUGUAAGGUUUUAAGGAGUUACACUGUCCUUGUUUUACAAAGUAAUUGCCUAUGAGAAAGCAAUUAAACACUAGAAAACUUGCCCAAAACC